GCCUCCUCGUUGGGCCUGUGCGGUUGGAGGCGGGGCAGCAGGACACUCCCCCACGCCGAGAAGCCUAGGGGAACAUGGCUCACGCCACUGCCUCCGCUUCACCAUCAGCGAACGCCACUACCCCUACCCCACCCCCAAUCCUGUCUCAGCCCCAGCGUCUCAGGGCCAGAGUGGCCACGUCGGUAGCUGGGGCUCCUGGAUCCUCCACAGGACAGCCAUUACACACCCUAAAGGAGAAGAGAACCUUAAGGAGACUGACUCAAGACUUUGGGAGGAGGGGUGCUAAUGGCUGGGGAGCGGAGAUGGGUUUCCCAUUCCCCUAGAGGUCCCUGGGCCUCCUGUACAAGAGAGCAUCCCGGAUCUCUUAAGUGUGGGAAGCCAUUUGGGGUCUCCCCAGUGUAUGGUCUUUCCCCUGAGAUAGGUCCCUGUCUCUUUACCCCUGUCCUGUCUCCAACUAAUAAUCUGUGUGUGUAACCAUUGCAUCAGGCCAGCCCCCUGUUUGGCUCUGCAGCCCUCUGGCCUGGGGCGCCACUGCUGAUGAAAGCAGCGUCCCACCCACUGGAAGGCAAGGAGGGUUCCCCAGGGAGGACAGCCCUGAAGAGAAACAUUCUGGGCGAUAUUGCAUCUCCAGUCCCUGGGGAUAGGCAGCUGCUGCUCUGCCUCCGGGCUUCCUCCUCCCUUCCCUUGUUCCAGAAGGAAGUGUAUCUUCAUACAUCACCACACCUGAGAGCAGAGCCUGAUCCAACUGCAGAGAUGGCAGCUGAGUCAUUGCCUUUUUCCUUUGGGACACUGGCCAGCUGGGAGCUAGAAGCCUGGUAUGAGGACCUGCAAGAGGUGCUGUCCUCAGAUGAAAAUGGGGGUACCUAUGUUUCACCCCCUGGAAACAAGGAGGAAGAAUCAAAAUCCUUCACCACUCUUGACCCUGCCUCUCUGGGUUGGCUGACUGAGGAGCCAGGACCAGCAGAGGUCACGAACACCUCCCAGAGCCCUUGCUCUCCAGAUUCCAGUCAGAGCUCCCUCGCUCAGGAGGAAGAAGAGGAAGACCACAGAAGACCAAGGAAACGGAAACAGAGUGGCCAGUCCCCAGCUGGGGCUGGAAAGCAACGCAUCAAGGAGAAAGAACAAGAGAAUGAGAGGAAAGUGGCACAGCUAGCUGAAGAGAAUGAACGGCUCAAGCAGGAAAUCGAGCGCCUGACCAGGGAAGUAGAGGCGACUCGCCGAGCUCUCAUUGACCGAAUGGUUAAUCUGCACCAAGCAUGAACAGUUGGGACCAUCGCUUCCCCCUCAGGCCACUACCUACCGUUCACAAAAGUGGCUGCCGACCAUCUCCUCCAGUGCCAGUGAUGUGACCCUCAACCCCAUCUAGUCAGGAGUGGGGGAAGCUUGGGGUAGAUGACAGGAAAGGGUCUCAGCAUGUAUAUAGAGAUUGUUCAUUUAUUUAUUACUGUCCGUAUCCAUUAAAGUCACUUUCUAUGA